AUGGCGCGCCUCCAUCUUUCUGGACUACUGACAGCCUCGCUGCUCCUUACAUCCCAAGUCACCGCCCAACUACCCUAUCCAACGCGAUCUACCUACCACGUCAAAGGAGUUCAACCCGAUUUCUGGCCCAACCAAGAUGAAAUCUCGGGCAACAACGCCGGUGGCGUCUCCAUGAACCUCGUCUGGUCGACCUGGGAAGCCAACCUCAAAGCCCCGCCCUGCGCCAGCAACGAAGUCGAGUACGACGGACACUGUUUCGUCAUCCAGCCCGAAGUCGAGCAGGCGAUCCAGGGCUGGACGGCACGAGGCUUGGUCGUGACGGCCAUUGUGUAUGGAACGCCAGCGUGGGCGAGAGGAAGUCGCCCCUGUACGCCUGCAGCAGCUGGGUUCGAGAUUUUCUGCAUUCCAGACGAUCCGUCGAAUUUUGGACGUUUCGCGGGAAUGCUUGCGCAGAGGUACAAUGGCAUGAAUGGUGUUGGCAGGAUUGCAGAUUUCGUCAUCGACAACGAAGUCGGCAGCAACGACUGGUUCGACAUCGGAUGCGGCCAAGGAACUCCCUGUGGCAAGGACGACUGGCUGAACCAAAUCGCCGCCAACUACAACAACGCCUACGACCGCAUCACGGCCGAGCAAUCGACCGCCAAAGUCUUCACAUCCCUCGACCAGAAUUUCGGCAGCGAGACCUACGACCACCCGGAAAACGGCGUCCUCUCCGGCCAAACCGUCAUCAGAGGCCUCGCCGACCGAGCAGGAGGCCGCCAAUGGCGCGUAGCCUUCCACCCUUACCCACCGAACCUCUUCAGCCCCGUCUUCUCCGCCGACGACUACCCCAAAGUCACCUUCGGCAACGUCGGCGUGCUCGUCGGCUGGCUGCGCCAAACAUUCCCCAACAACCCCUCCGCCUGGACAGUCCAAUUCACAGAAAACGGCAUCAACUCCGGCAGCCAGUCGAGCGAAGACGCGCAAAACACCGCCCUCUGCCAGACCUUCCGCAACAUCCUCGGCACGCCCAACGUCGAGAACUACAUCUACCACCGCAUGGUCGACAACGCCCAGGAAGGCGGCCUGCAGCUCGGGCUCCGCCGAUCCGAUUCCUCGCCCAAACCCUCCUGGUCGACGAAUUUGCCCUCUGGUUUCAACGCCGAGGCGAGCUGGCGCUUGCUCCGCGAGCCGGCGGAUGGCACGCAGAUGCUGUACGAGUGUAAAGUCGGCGAGCACUCGAUGCUGAGCACGGAUCCGGCGUGCGAGGGACAGUUCCCCUGGGGGCCUGUGGGGUAUGCGUAUAAGAAUCAGUUUGAGGGCUCGGUGCCGUUGUAUCGGUGUUAUAGUCCGCAGACCGGAGAUCAUUUGGUUUCGACCGCUGCGAAUUGCGAGGGGUAUAAUGUGGAUUAUUUGCUGGGGUGGGCGAUUCAGUAG